UAGAAAGGUUUUCAAAACAUCCUGCCAAUUUGGGGAAUUUCUCUGAUUAAAUGUUUCUAGUUAAAAAGCCUGGAGAAGAGGUUCAACUUGCUGUUUGUACAGGAUUUAGUUUUGUUUAGCAUUUUAUCGGUCGACAUUUGCAGGGCAGCAAAUAAUAGACAGGACAAACAUUUUACUCUAAACUGGCGCCUGGAAGGUGACUCUGAAAAACAUAUUUAAAGAAGAAGAAGAGAGAAGACUAGAAUUGAUCUCCCUGUCUGGAGAAACAGAGCGAGACCAACUGAAGACCUUCAAACAUUUCAGGAGACGUGAAACUGAAUAUUACAGGAGACAAUGGUGGUGUUGAACAUUCUUAUCCUUCUCAGUUCUGUAGUUGCUCUGGGCAACGCACAUGUAGUGAAGCAGGAUGAGGGAUGUGGUAAAUCAUGUCCCUCUGGUUGGACCGAAUAUAACUCACAUUGUUACAUCUACAUCAGCACUCAGAGGACAUGGCCCCAAGCUGAGCAAAACUGUCUGUCCCUUGGAGGAAACCUGGUGUCUAUUCACAACGCCGGUGAGAAUGAGGCUGUGAAGGAUGUGGUGUUUAGAGCAACUAAUUCUAACCCCGCGACCUGGAUUGGUGGAUCUGAUGCUUAUGAGAACAGGGUGUGGUUCUGGAGUGAUGGAACCAGAUUCGAUUACCAUAACUGGGCAAGUGGAGAGCCCAAUAAGGCUGGAGGCAAGGAGCCAUGUAUUCAGACUAAUGCUGGAGUUGGAUACUGGAACGACUUACGCUGUGAAUUGACCUUGCCUUCUGUGUGCAAGCUCAGACACCAUUAAAUUCAGCAAAGCAUCAACUCAACUGAGUCAAAUAUUAAAUUAACACUUUUAUGCUAAAAUGUAAUACUUUUUAAAGUAGAUUUAUCGCUGUAAAAAGGAA